UGUUGGCUUUUUUCUUGGCCUGGGUCAUCAAAAGACAAACUAUGGCUGGUCAAAACACAACCGGUGGAGGAGUGUUUUUGACAAUGGCUGGUCAACACAUCAUCAUUCCCAGCUUUUGCCCGGGCAAAUGGAUACCGCUGAACUUGCUCUAAAUUAUAGUUAACUUGGUUAGUCUACAAUUUGACUAGUCUUUGUUUCUACGGUCUGCCCAUCUUAUAUAAUGGAAAGAGACUUCUAUUCGAUGUGAUAUCCUCACCAGCGCAUCAUGUGAUUCUCAUUAUGCCACUUAAUUAACCCCAACAAUCUCUCUGAGGGAUUGGCUUUUUAUUGACCAAGGAAAGCUCAUCGAACACGAUAGUUUAACGGACUCCAGAUAAUAAUAGCCAUUCUACUUCUAUUCACCCUUAUCUCUCUGUUUUCAUACGACCUCCUCCUUGCUCAUCAUGUCUAGAGGAAGUCUCCUUUUUGCUUCUUACACCAUCCUCCUUCUUCUUCCUUUUACAGUUAUUUCACAAACGUCGGAUGCCGAAAAUCCUAUAGAUAUCUGUACCUCUUCUUGUGGAGAUAUUUGCAUAAGCUAUCCAUUUCGACUGAAAGGAGACCCUCAAAGCUGUGGAAACAAAUGGUUUGAGCUAUCUUGUGAGGCAAAUAGUACUACUGCAUUUCUAUACUUGGAAUCAGAAAAGUAUUACGUGAAGUCAAUCCAUUACAAUAACUUCACAAUCCGAGUUGUGGAUUCUGGUGUUCAGAAGAAGAACAAUUACUGCUCCACCCCACUUUACCCUGUAACCACCUCCAACUUUACUUCUUAUGGACACAAUUACAGUACCUCUUCUACGUACACUCAUAUGGAACCAGUGCCUAUAAUACUUGUGACCUGCGCAACUCCAAUGACUUCCACUCUCUUUAUUGAAACCGCUCCAUGCCUCAACACCACCACCACCCAUUCUUCCAAAUAUUCUUAUUUUAUGGUUGGCAAAGUAUCUUCUUUUGAUUUGGGGAGGUCCUGCAAAAUAACACAAAUGCUUUUAACAACCCCUUCAACCAACAGCAACAUGGUGUCAUGUGAAGGCAUAUGUGAUGAAUUAGUGAAUGGUUUUGAACUCUCAUGGUUUACUUAUGGGUGUGGAAAAUGCAAAACUGGUGAGCUGUGCGAAUUAAGGCCUUACAACCUCAACUACAACAACAGAUCCGAGCUCAACAGCAUCGAAUGCAAUCGGCGGCCAUGGCUCUUAGGGAAAAAACAAUGGUGGCAGCCAAUACAAAUAACAUUAUUAUCAGGAAUAUAUUUAGUUCGUAGGGAGAGGCCUGGAUUGAGUGGAUUCCUUCUUCUGCUCCUUCAAAAUUGUGGCGUUUACCUUGCAAUGUACCUAGCAGCUAAACUUAUCUUUGGCCUUCCUUGUAUAACUGCAUUACUAAUAUACAAAUGGCGAAGAAGACACAUGUCAAUGUACGACCAUAUAGAAGACUUCCUGCUGAACAAUAAUAAUCUCAUGCCUGUGAGAUACUCUUACUCAGAAAUCAAGAAGAUGGCAGAGGGUUUCAAGGACAAAUUGGGUGAAGGAGGCUAUGGGAUCGUAUACAAGGCAACGCUACGUAGUGGUAGGCUUGUAGCCAUCAAGAUGCUGGGUAAGUCCCAAGCUAAUGGGCAAGACUUUAUCAGUGAAGUUGCGACCAUUGGAAGGAUUCACCAUGUUAAUGUUGUGCAACUGAUUGGAUUUUGUGUUGACGGAUCAAAGCGUGCUCUUGUGUAUGAUUUCAUGCCUAAUGGGUCUCUUGACAAGUACAUUUUUGUUCAACAAGGAGUGAGCUCCUUAAGUUUCAAGAAAAUCUUUGAAAUUUCUCUUGGAGUUGCUCGUGGUAUCGACUAUCUGCAUCGAGGGUGUGAUAUGCAAAUUUUGCACUUUGACAUCAAGCCUCAUAACAUUCUUCUCGACGAGAAUUUCAUUCCAAAGGUUUCUGAUUUUGGGUUAGCAAGGUUAUACCCAUUGGAUAAUAGCAUUGUGUCUCUGACCGCAGUACGAGGCACGAUAGGAUACAUAGCUCCCGAGCUAUUCUAUAAGAACAUUGGAGGUGUUUCCUACAAGGCUGAUGUAUAUAGUUUUGGAAUGCUAUUGAUGGAAAUGGCUGCGAGAAGGAAGAACUUGAAUGCAGGGAUAGAGCAUUCAAGCCAAUUUAGUGAAAAUUACUUUCCUUCAUGGGUAUCUAACCAAUUGAAUGAAGGAAAAGACAUAGAGAUAGAAGAUGCCACUGACGAUGAAAUGAAAACCAUAAAGAAGAUGAUUGUAGUAGCAUUGUGGUGCAUACAAAUGAAGCCUAGUGAACGCCCUUCAAUGACUAAAGUAGUCGAGAUGCUUGAAGGAGAACUGGAAAGCCUCCAAAUACCCCCAAAGCCUUUCUUAUAUCCACAAGAAAUCCCAGCAGAGGAUAUUGUAGACACUUCAACUACAACAGGUGGAUCAACAAUGACAGAAUCUACAGAGAUCAACUGAUUGAUUGCAUAUAAAAAUGCAAGUUAAGUGAUAUAAUAUUAGACAUCAUGUGGAUAUGCAAGGGAAAACUAAUAUUCCUAUUCAAUAUGAGUAAUUGAAUAUCAUUAAUUCAUUCAUUCUGUUUCUGUUCUAAUUGGUAAAGCAAAUUACCUUUGCUUUAGAUAGCUAACAGCUGUAUAUGAUCUUGAUGAUAUGCACAAUCAAUCUU